UAAUGGAAUAACUCCCAAAAGGUAUUAUGUUCUUAUGAUCUAAGCCACUGUACAAUAAUUCAUUAAAUCUACAACCAAUGGGGAUAUGAAAUGCUCCAAUGAAUUUGUAACAUAAGUCAUGUCUAUGGCUAGGGAAUAUAUCUAAUUGGUUUCUGAUUCAGCUAAUACAAUCUGUCUAGAAAAUGGAAAAAAAACAAUAUCAGGUGAGUUUUUUUAUAAGUCCAUUUAAAAACUAAGGCUAGAGGGAUAAAUUCCAUAUCUAAAAGAAAUAGAAGAAGAAAUAAAAGAAGAAGUUAAUGUAAAGUUUUAAUGCUAUUUAAAGGUGAAAAAUUAAAAUAAAGCAAGAUUUUAAGAUGAGGAGCAUUUGAGAUAGUUAGAAGAAUAGCAAAAAGAAUUAUAUGAAAAAGCAAAAUUAGAGAACAAUAAACAAGUAAUUGAUGAAGAAGACAAUAGUAAACCAAGAAAAACAUUAAAUUUAUAAUUUGAUCAAGAAGAAGGAGAUCUUUAAUGAA